AUGAAAGCGGUACAUGGGAGACAGACCAAAAAAAUGAGCCUAAUGGAUAUCACUAAAAUGUUCUCCAUGCUCCAGCCCAGAGAAGAUGAAGAAGACAACGGAGAAAGCGAGGAGCUGAACCGAGCGGUAUCCGAGGACAACUACCAAACCCUAGAUAACCUCUUGUCCCAAGACAGGUACAAGAGGUUCAUCAACCGCAGGAGCGGCUGGGGGGUACCCAGCACCCCGCUGCGCCUGGCCGCCACGUGGGGCCGUGUCAGGAGCAUGAAGGUCCUCUUGGCCCACGGGGCGGAGGUGGACAGCCUGGACGUGAAGGCUCAAACCCCGCUCUUCAUGGCAGUCAGCAACGGCCACCGGGAAUGCGUGAAGGUCCUCCUGGACGCGGGGGCCUGCCCCGUCGGCAGCAUCUACAACAACUGCUCGCCGCUGCUCAUCGCCGCGAGGGAUGGGAACGUGGACAUCCUGCAGCAGCUCCUGGACCACGGCGCGGAAACCAACGUUCAAGCGAGGCUGCCCGAGUGGGCUGCCAACUCGGUGGCUUGUUCCGGUCCCCUCUACCUCGCCGCCGUGUACGGGCAUCUGGAGUGCUUUAAGAUGCUGUUGCUUUACGGCGCCGAUCCCGACUAUAACUGCACCGAGGAGAGGGUGAUUGCCCAGAUCAAGGAGCCCAAGACUCUGCUGGAAACCUGCCUGAGGCACGGCUGCAGGAGCGAGUUCAUCAAGCUGCUCAUUGACUUUGGAGCCAACGUGUACUUGCCCAACGUCACGGUACAGGAGACGGCACCCCGCAGCAAAGGCCUGGAGCUGCUGCUGCAGGCGAGAGCUCAUCCCAAAUCCUUGAUGUCUCAGUCCAGGCUGGCGGUGAGACGCCUCCUGAAGCAGACUGGCCGCCCGCACGCCCUCGGCAAGCUGGAGAUCCCGACGGUCCUGGCGAACUACCUCCGACACCAGCCGUGA